AGUAAGUAACAAAUUUAGUUUACCUGUUCAUCACGAGCAAUGUCUUCUUCUUCUUCUUCUUCUUCUUCUUCUUCUUCUCUGCAAGUGUACUUUUUUCUAUUCUUAGUAUCUCUGUGGCUUCCAGUAGUCCAUGGAGCAGCUCCGACGGUGCCGGUCGGUAACAUUUCACGGGUCGAAGAUGCUGUGUAUUUCCGUAUAUAUUAUGGGCAGACCUUCAAAGUCAUCAAAAAUAGUGUUGAUGCCAAGAGCUAUCUUCUUAUUCAGAACAACUCAAAAAUGGCUACAAAGACAAAAUACUGCACGGAAAGAAUCAAAUCCUUUGUGGUCCCUCUAUCCAACUACUCCAUCGACACACAAGAAUUUCCAGGCGUUCCAGUAUCUUUCUUUGAGGUGAGGAUUGCUAGCUUCUUUUAUGUGCUCCUAGGUCUGUUAGGGAACUUGAAGGGCAUAACAUCAGAUUCUGUAGCUUCUGAAUGCUUAUUGAAAUCGCGUGCUGAAGGAGACAUCGUGAUUAUAAAUAAGAGCGAUGAUCAACAACUUACGCAAUUCGCAGCGCACUUUAUUGGCAACAGUGAUCAACAAGAAGCUUGUAAUUUUGCCAUGUUUCUACCUUCUGCUGAGGAGACUCCUCUCCAGAGAGCAGAGUGGAUCAAGUACUUGGGGGUCUUUGCAAAUAUGGAAGUUAGAGCUAAUCAAGUCUAUGAUACAGUGAAACAGAACUAUAUGUGCUUAACUAAAGCUGCAGCAAACAAGAAAUCCUCAUUCAAACCGGUAGUCGCUUGGCUUCAGUAUAGCGAGGGUGUUUGGUAUUUCACAAAUGAGGCUUACAAGAUGAAGUAUGUGCAAGAUGCAGGAGGGGAGAAUGUUGAUGAAUCCAUCAACAAAAUUACUUAUAACAUCUCAAUUCCUGAUGACUUGGAGAACUUCUAUGCAAUCUUAUGUACUCUUGAUGUUGUGAUUGAUGAAACAUAUGUUGAUGAUCCAACUCAAUACAACCUUACAACAUUUCUUCACAACAUCAAUGUUGAUGACCAAUCUUGUUUUGCUUUUCUUGCAAAUCAAAGUGUAUGGAGAUAUGACAAAAGAACCUACAAUUCCACUGCCAUCGACUGGUUUGAUGGUGCCAUCUCCCAGCCUCAAUUGGUUUUAGCAGAUCUUCUUGAAGCUUUCCUCCCUACAGGAAACUAUACAACAACAUACUUCAGGAACCUUGCAAAGGAAGAAGAGAUUGUAACUGUUGGUCCUGAGAUGUGCAACAGAGAGAGCUCUGCCGCAAUGGAGCCCACAAUGGUACCUUGUCAAUGAAGCCAAAUGAUGAUCUUGGGUUUUUUUUUUUUUUUUUUUUCAUUUUAAAUAAUCCUUUAUUAUUUUUUUCUUCAGUACUUACUUUAGGGUAUUUGCUACAAAAAAUGUAUAAGCUAUCUUAAGUUGAUUUUUUUUUUUCUAAAGAAUUUUUUGCUUUCAAA